GACAUGGCACUCAAGCCGGACUCCUACGUCGUGCUCAAUGAUGGGCAUAAGAUGCCGGUGAUCGGAUUUGGCACCUAUGCCCCGGAAACGUACACCAAAGAACAGGCGGGGGAGAGCACCAAGGUGGCCAUCGAGGCUGGAUAUCGCCACAUCGACUGCGCCUUCCUCUAUGGGAAUGAGGUCCAGGUCGGCCAAGCCAUCAGAUCAAAGAUUGCCGAUGGGACGGUGAAGAGAGAAGACAUUUUUUACACUGGAAAGCUUUGGAGUACUUUCCACACUCCCGAGAGGGUCCGACCCGCCCUGGAACACUCCCUGAAGGAUCUCCAGCUGGAUUACAUGGACCUCUUCAUUAUACACACACCCGUGGAGUUUCAGCCCGGAGAUAAUCUGAUGCCCACAGAUGAAAAUGGGAAGCUGAUGUUUCAUAACACGGAUGUCCGGGAUACAUGGAAGGCUAUGGAAGCGUGCAAAGACGCCGGGCUGGUCCGAUCCAUUGGUGUCUCCAAUUUUAACCGCCGGCAACUGGAACUGAUUCUCAACAUGCCAGGACUCAAGUACAAACCAGUCUGCAACCAGGUAGAAUGUCACAUAUUCCUCAAUCAGAGCAAAUUACUGGAGUUCUGCAAGUCUAAUGAUAUUGUGCUGGUGGGAUACAGUGUACUGGGGUCCAGCAGAGUAGAGGGCUGGAUUGACCAGAAUUCCCCUAAAGUACUUGAAGAUCCUGUCUUAAAUACAAUCGCUAAGAAGGUGAACCGCUCCCCGGCCCAGGUGGCCAUGCGAUAUCUGUUACAGAGGGGAAUUGUCAUUCUAGCAAAAAGUUUCACCUCCGAGAGGAUCAGACAGAAUUUCCAGAUUUUUGACUUUGAAUUAAGUGAUGAAGAUAUGAAAUCUCUUGAUGGCGUCAAUAGGAACUUGCGCUAUCUGGACAUCGAGGUCUGGAAAGACCACCCUAAAUAUCCUUUUCAUGAUGAGUAUUAGGACCAUUGGGCAGUCCCUCUUGAUUAGGAUUUCAGCCUUCAGGGAUUAAAUCAUCUAUGUAGUGUCCGCAGUGAUGUCACAGGGAAUAUAGAUCAGAUUUAGCAUGAACAAGCGCCUAGUUAAAUUCAUGCAUACAGUGGGAAAUUUCAAGUCUUCAGAUGCAGCAGAAUUUUUGUUGUGGUAAAUCUUGGAGCAAAUUCACAGAAAACCCAUGGU